AUGCCCAAGAGAAAGGCUGAAGGGGAUGCUAAAGGAGAUAAAGCCAAGGUGAAGGACGAACCACAGAGAAGAUCUGCAAGGUUGUCUGCGAAACCUGCUCCUCCAAAGCCAGAGCCCAAGCCUAAAAAGGCCCCUGCAAAGAAGGGAGAGAAGGUACCCAAAGGAAAAAAGGGAAAAGCUGAUGCUGGCAAGGAUGGGAAUAACCCUGCAGAAAACGGAGAUGCCGGGACCAACCAGGAACAGAAAACUGAAGGUACUGGAGAUGCCGAGUGA